AUGACUGAGGUUGAAGCCAGAGUGAGCACAGUGGAGGAUCAACUGCCCCCUGUUAAAAGAGAUCUGGGCAGGGUUAUUCAUAAUGUAACCCUGUUGAUGUCAAAAGCAGAUGAUCUAGAGAAUCGUUCAAGGAGGAACAAUCUCUGGUUGGUGGGGUUCCCCGAGAAAGCUGAAGGUCCUCAUCCAGGGUUUGGGGCGAGUUAUUUCUCUGGGAUUUCCUUGUCAGGUCGCUGUGAAGCUAUGCGAAUGCUCAUGGCUGACCAGGGAGCUCAAUGGAAGGAGGAAGUCGUGAUGUCUGCUGACUGGCAGAAGGGGGAUCUGAAGAAAGCUGCGGUGUAUGGCCAACUUCCAGGAUUUAAAGAUGGAGACUUCACUCUGUAUCAGUCCAAUGCCAUUUUGCGCCUUCUUGCCAGGAAUCAUGAUCUGUAUGGGAAAAAUUCUCAUGAGGCAAGCCUCAUAGACAUGGUUAAUGAUGGAGUGGAAGAUCUUCGGCUGAAGUAUUUGAAGAUGAUCUAUCAGAACUAUGAGAAUGGAAAAAAUGAUUACGUUAAGGAUCUGCCCACUGACCUUGGUCACUUUGAACGUCUGCUUGCCUCUAAUAAUGAGGGGAAGGGGUUUGUGGUAGGAGCUCAUAUUUCCUUUGCCGAUUACAACCUGGUGGAUCUUCUGCACAACCAUCUUGUUCUGGCACCAGACUGCCUUUCAGGCUUCCCACUCCUCUCUGCCUAUGUCAAACGCAUUAGUAGCCGUCCCAAGCUUGAAGCAUAUCUCUCCAGUGAUGCCCACAAGAAGAGACCAAUCAAUGGAAAUGGCAAGCAGUGAGCAUUGAGGAAAGUGGAAAAGGUUAUGAAUCCAGACUACAAUAAAACCGUAAAGUCAGAAUCUAGUAAUGUAUGUAGAUGUGCCUACUGCCAGUCUCUCCCUCAUGUUGCCUAAAUUUUAUUGGCACCUCCUGAUAGUUUUACCAUCCAUGUAACUGUAGGUUGUUACUAGAUAUAAGCUGUAAAUAGUUAUUACUGGUUUCUCCUGGAUUGUUGGAAAAUAAAAUAUUUUGAAAG